GUCACCAGUCGGCUCAGCUGGGUCGCAGAUUGCUUCGAAGUUCAUCGCAGAGAGACCAUCUCUGACGGUGCGAUGAAGGUGAGUCACUUGGGUGAGUCACAGUGAAUCAAUAUGGCUGUUGUUGCCUGCUUGUCUGUGGGUUUCAGAAGCAACCGCCAUCAUGGAGGUUUCCGACAAACCCGCCGCAUAGGUUUCCGAAGGGCAACGGAGGAUUCCAGUGAGGAUGAUUUGUUGUCGGGGGGCAAUUUCUGGUUGACCAUGACAUGACAAGAAUGCUGCGCUGUUGUGUGUGUGUCGUCGUGCAGGGAAUCGAGGCGGCGCAAUAAGGAGAAGAGGGACUUAGAAGCCCUCAGGGAGUUUGAAGCCCUGGCAUCCAGGAAGAGGACACGAAGGCAACAGGCGCUGUCAGACCGUUUGCGUGAGGUUGAGCAUGAGUUGGUCUGUGCGUACCGGCCUGAUGAGCCGGAGCUUCUGGACCUCAAUGCGGUGGACUUGUACUUGAAGCACGAAGAAGGGUCUGACGAGCUGAGCAAGGACAGUAAGGAGGCGAAGCCCGACCCUGAUCAGGUCAUUUACCCAUACCGCAACUUCACCUUGUCGGACGGUACACGACACACAACAGACAACCUACCGUCACUCAGCAGGUCGUCUCGUCUUCCUGUAUACGCAUUUUGUUCAGAUCAGUCGGGUUUGAGGGUGUGUGUGGAGGCGUCCGAUGCGAUGCAUGGCGUGACGGUGGCCGAUUUGGCCGGCUACCUCGGAGUCCAGAAGUUGCCGUGAGAAAGAGGCACCAUAGACACACAGACACACAGAGUCACACACACACACACACACAUACACACACUGCAGCAGAGAGAACACACAUGAGACUGGCUGCCUGGCUGCCUGUGUUGCUCGGUCGUCGCCGUAGGUAUCUGGGUGUCGCGUGGUGGCAGCAUCGAGGCCGCUACUCGAUCUUGAACAAGUGUACAUAAGAGAAACAAUGUGAAUGACUGACAAGCAAGACCACAAGCACGAGGAAGGGCCCUUGUACAUUCGACAAGGUCCUGCACAUGUCUGUCGCGCUUGUGCUUUCCGCGUGUGUGCGAGGGCGGUGAUCAAUGACUCUUCGUAGGUCCGUUUCCCUCUGUGCUGUGGGUGAUGGAUGAUCCCUGUACAUGCGUUUGAAGGCUACCUACCUGCUAGGUAUACCUUGUUUAUCUAACUGUCCGUCCGUGUGGUGAUGCUUAGCUGCGUGGACGGAUUUCCCACCGACUCACAGCAGACGGGGUGUGCAGCCUGGGGGUGGUGGGGGUCUGCAAUGCUACUGAGGUCCCUUUUCGAAAAGUGAGGCCAGCACGGCCCAGGGAAGUUUCCUUUGUCUGUGCGCUGAUUGACCCAUGAAUGUGUGUGGACCCAUCAACUGGCAGAUUCGGUUGAA